AUGGACAAACAGGCUGUAGGGGCGCGAAGCAGUCGGAUUCUGGGGCGGCUCUGGGAAAGACGUGUCCCAGAGCAGCCGGAGGCCGGUGGUGAGGAGGCGGAGAUGGCAGGGGAAGCCCUGGCAGUGGUUGACCAGGUGGAAGAAGAGAGCGAAGAGGCCGGACCCUCCACCAGUCAGGGCGGCCUCAGACGGAAGAUGGACUCAGGAGGGCCUCCCACCGAAGAGUCCCCCCGGAAGCGCUCCAGAGGUACUUCAAGUUCUGUUUACGAGAGACUUUUUCUAAUGGGGGAAGGCAGCGAUGUGCAGAUCCGGGCGCUGGGGGAGGUGUGGAACCUGCACAAGGUCUACCUGUGCCAGUCAGGCUACUUCGCGAGCAUGUUCAGUGGUGCGUGGAGGGAAGCAACCAUGAAUACCAUAGACUUGCAGAUGCCUGACGAGAACAUUGACCGGGAGGCCCUGCACGAGGCUUUAAGCUCCCUGUACCAAAGCUCCGUGCUCAUUCCACCCAGACGCGUCGUGUCCAUCCUGGCCACGGCCAGCAUGCUGCAGCUGGACGAGCUGAUUCAAGAGUGUGGGGAGGUCAUGAAGGACACUGUCAGUGUGCACACCGUAUGCAGCUACUACCACUCUGCCGAGAGCUACGGCCUCCCAAACAUCAAGACCGUGUGCUUCCAGUGGCUGCUGGACAACCUGAUGACUUACCACAAUGAGGAGCUAUUAUUGCGUCAACUCAGCCCGGAUAUCAUGAAAGAGCUCAUUGCCUCUUCAGAGCUCUUAGUGAUGGAUGUAGAGAUGGAUGUGUACUCCAUGCUGAAAAAGUGGAUGUACUUGCAGCUGCAGCCAGCGUGGAAUGGCUCCCGCAGAGCCUUAUUGCCCCACGCCAACUUAUGGCUUGCAAGGUCCAAGAGGGAGUCAGGAGGCACCCCUUUCCUGGAAACCCAGGAGGGCGGAGUCUUCGUGCCUGUGUUCCAGCAUCUGCGACUGGCCUACAUCAUCUGUGACCUGCCGUCAGCGCGCAUCAUUGACCAGGAUGCACUGAUCCCGCCCGCAUGGCUGACCCCAGUAUACAAAGACCAGUGGCUUGCCUUGGUCCGGGCUGAGCAAAGCAAGGGGGUUGGGCCCACUGACGUCCAUGUGCCCAACUGCCCCAGGAACAGCAUGCGGUGCGGGCACCACCUCCCUAGGGAAAUGCGGUGCAGCUGGCGGUGGGCUGGCUUCAACUUUGGCUGGGACUUGGUGGUGUGCUAUGCCAACCAACGCAUCAUCUUCAAGCGCAGUGCCAAGAACAAGUCUCACGGCCUCGGGGUCAGCUUACUGUGGCAGAGAAAGGUCGCCUUCCGCCUGUGCGUGGUUUCCUUGGACACCACUGGAAGAGCCACCUUCAGGAAGGGCACAGAAUACCAGGUGCUUUCCCUGGGAAGAGAUGAAGAGCUGGAGAUAAUGAACCUAGAGAACCAAGAUGUGGCCUUCCCCAUAUAUGUGGCCUGUAACUUCCUGUAUGUCCCCAGAGAGGGGCGCACCCCAGAGUGA